AUGUUAAAUGUUUCUAGAUUACAUUGGUGGAGACACCGGCUUGAUUUUGAUGAUUGUGGCUCGAAUAUCGAGGUUGGUGGCAAACUUUGGUUCAUGUGGAAGAAUGAGUUGAAUCUGGUAAUUGAUAGUAUGAGUGAGCAACAUGUUACUAUGCGCAUUGUUGAUAACUUACAACUUGUGUUUCUGACUUUUGUUUAUGCUAAGUGCAACUAUCAAGAGUGGUGUCGAUUAUGGAGUCAUUUAGAAGCUUUUAAUUGUACUGACCCAUGGUUAGUUAUGGGUGAUUUUAACAUAAUUCGGCAUGAUGGUGAAAGAUGUGGUGGUCGUCCACGGCUGGCUACUGCUAUGGAUGAUUUCAAUGCAUGUUUGGAUAAUUGUGGUCUCAUUGAGAUGAGCUAUACUGGAAAUUCAUUUUCUUGGUGUAAUGGGCAUCAAAAUCUAUCUCGUAGUUGGGCUCGGCUUGAUUGUACUCUUCUCAAUGUUGCGGGCAUGGAUGUCUUCUCAGAAGCUAAUUUUCUAUAUCUUCCCUGUUUUAUGGAUCUAGUUUCUCGGGCUUGGCAGGAGGAAUCCAAUGGUUCAGGUCUUCUUAGAUUGGCUGGUUUACAGUUGCAUAUUGCAGAGUUGGAAGCUCGUAUUCAGGAGCUCGAGAACAAUUUGCAAGAUGGUUACUCAGCUGAUUUGAAGUCGGAUUUGUUGUUGUCUCAUUUGGAGUUAUCGGUUUGGGUGGAAAGGGAAGAGACUCGCUUGGCUCAGCAAGCAAAGCAGACUUGGGUACAAAAGGGUGAGGCGAAUAUUAGUUUUUUCCAUGCUGUGAGUAAGAAGAUUCGGUUUCUAAUCAAAAUGAUGCGGCUUGGGGAUGGGACAAUGCUUACCUCACCUAAACAGAUCCAUGUGAGUGUAGUAGAUUAUUUUCAUGAAUUCCUGGAUCUUAGUGGGCUGAUUGAUAUUGUUAUCACAGAAGAGGACAACAGGGCUUUGUGUAGGGUUCCGUCAUCUCAAGAGGUUUAUGAUGCCCUUUGGUCCAUUCCUGUGGAUAGUUGUCCGGGUCCGGAUGGUUUCAUUUCGGGUUUCUUUAAAUCCUGCUGGCACAUCAUCAAUAGUGACAUGAUUAAUGUUGUAGCUGAAUUUUUUAGAGGGGGGUGUUUUACCUCGGUUUUACAUUGCUUCCUAUUUGGUCCUUAUUCCUAG